CUGGCGGUGGCGGCGGGCGCGGGGCGCUGCCGGGAGCGGGGCGGCCGCAGGUGCCGGAUGCGAGCGGCGGCGGGCGAUAAAAGCAGCUCAGAUUGCACUAACUGAAAAUUCAUCAUGUCUCGAGCACGGCAGCCCCCACUGGUAACCGGUAUCUCUCCCAAUGAAGGCAUUGCGUGGACAAAAGUGACAAUUAGAGGAGAAAAUUUGGGUACUGGACCUACAGACCUCCUUGGUUUAACAAUCUGUGGGCACAACUGUCUCCUCACUGCAGAAUGGAUGUCUGCCAGUAAAAUUGUGUGUCGAGUUGGACAGGCUAAAAAUGACAAGGGAGACAUUAUUGUUACUACAAAGUCUGGUGGCAAAGGAACUUCAACUGUUUCCUUCAAACUUCUUAAACCUGAAAAAAUAGGUAUCUUGGAUCAGUCUGCUGUCUGGGUGGAUGAAAUGAACUAUUAUGACAUGCGCACUGACAGGAACAAAGGGAUUCCCCCCUUGUCCUUACGUCCAGCUAAUCCGCUCGGUAUUGAGAUAGACAAGGGCAGAUUUCCUCAAAAAGAUUUAGAGUCACUGUUUCCUGGGAUGAGCGCUGAUUUCACAAGUGAAAACUUUUCUGCUGCCUGGUACCUGAUUGAGAAUCAUUCAACAACAAGUUUUGAUCAGCUCAAAACAGCUGUUGUGAAUUUGAAGAAACAAGCCAAUAAGAAAAAUGAAGGGAGUCUAGCUUAUGUCAAAGGAGGUCUCAGCACAUUUUUUGAAGCACAAGAUGCUCUGUCAGCAAUCCAUCAAAAACUGGAAGCGGAUGGAACGGAAAAAGUAGAAGGAUCCAUGACGCAAAAACUGGAGAAUGUCCUGAACAGAGCCAGUAACACAGCAGAUACCUUAUUUCAAGAAGUGCUGGGUCGCAAGGACAAAGCUGAUUCAACGAGAAACGCGCUUAAUGUUCUUCAACGCUUUAAAUUUCUUUUCAAUCUUCCCUUAAACAUUGAAAGAAAUAUCCAGAAGGGCGAUUAUGAUGUGGUUAUUAAUGACUACGAAAAAGCCAAGUCCCUCUUCGGAAAGACAGAGGUUCAAGUGUUCAAAAAAUAUUAUGCUGAAGUUGAAACCAGAAUUGAAGCUUUACGAGAACUUUUGUUGGAUAAGCUGCUUGAAACUCCGUCAACAUUGCAUGAUCAGAAACGUUAUAUAAGAUAUCUUUCUGAUCUUCAUGCACCUGGGGACCCAGCUUGGCAGUGCAUUGGUGCUCAACAUCAGUGGAUUCUGCAGCUCAUGCACAACUGUAAGGAGAGCUAUGUUAAAGAACAAAAAGGCAGUGCAUUGCUCCACAGCCCCAUGCUGGACCUGGACAGUGAUGUGCGUCCAUCGCCCAUCGGCCAUCUCAGUCAAACUGCGUCACUGAAGAGGGGCAGCAGCUUUCAGUCUGGCCGUGAUGAUGCUUGGCGAUACAAAGCUCCUCAGCAAGUUGUAUUUGUUGAAAAAUUGACAAAACUUGUUGUAAGUCAGCUACCCAACUUCUGGAAGCUCUGGGUUUCCUAUGUGAAUGGAAGUUUAUUCAGUGAGACUGCUGAAAAAUCUGGCCAAAUGGAAAGAUCGAAGAAAAAUGCUAGGCAAAGACAAAAUGAUUUCAAGAAAAUGAUUCAGGAAGUUAUGCACUCUCUGGUAAAACUUAUACGUGGAGCCUUGCUUCCAUUCAGCCUCAGAGAAGGAGAAUUAAGACAGUAUGGUGGCUGGGAGAUGAAAUCUGAACUUUCUGGCCAGUGGCUAACACAUGUUAUCCAGACCGUAAGGCUUAGUUCUGAGUCUCUUACUGCACUUGAGAUACCCAAUGACAUGCUUCAAAUCAUCCAGGAUCUUAUUCUGGACCUUCGUGUACGUUGCAUUAUCGUGACCUUACAGCACACAGCUGAAGAUAUAAAGAGAUUAGCUGAAAAGGAGGACUGGGUUGUUGAUAAUGAAGGUUUGACAUCGUUGCCAUCCCAGUUUGAACAGUGCAUUAUUCGUUCCUUGCAAUCUCUUAAAACUGUGUUGGACUGCAAACCUGGAGAAACCAGUGUUUUCCAGCAGCAGAAAACACAGGAGGAUGUGUGCCAACUAAGCAUUGGGAUCAUGCAGGGCUUUAUAGAUUGUUUGGAACAACUGAGCACCAAACCUGAUGGUGACAUAGAUACAUCACAUCUUUCAGUUGAUGUUUCAUCUCCAGAUUUGUUUGGAAGCAUUCAUGAAGAAUCAAGUCUUUCUUCAGAGCAGAGACUUUUAAUUGCACUCAGUAACUGCCGUUACCUGGAGCGCCAUACCUUCCUAAAUAUAGCUGAGCACUUUGAGAAACAUGGCUUCCAAGGUGUUGAUAAAAUAACUCAAGUUAGUAUGGAAUCCUUGAAAGAGCUGGAUCAAAGACUGUUUGAAAUGUACAUUGAAUUCAAGGCAGAUCCAAUAGUUGGGUCAUUAGAACCUGGCAUUUAUGCAGGAUAUUUUGAUUGGAAAGAUUGUCUCAUUCCAACAGGUGUCAGAAAUUACUUGAAAGAAGCAUUAGUGAAUAUCAUUGCUGUGCAUGCAGAGGUGUUUACAAUUUCUAAAGACUUAGUUCCUCGGGUAAUGUCAAGGGUUGUAGAAGCAGUCUCUGAAGAACUGAGUCGACUGAUGCAGUGUGUUUCAUCCUUCAGCAAAAAUGGAGCUUUACAGGCAAAACUUGAAAUCUGUGCAUUGAGGGAUACCGUGGCCAUAUACCUAACACCUGAAAGCAAAUCAAGCUUUAAGCAAGCUUUGGAAGCCUUGCCUCAGCUCUCAAGUGGAACUGACAGAAAGUUACUGGAAGAGCUGCUAAACAAAUUCAAAAGCAGCAUGCACUUGCAGCUGACCUGUUUCCAAGCUUCUUCAUCAGCCAUGAUGAAAACAUAGACAACAACACAAUGCAGACAAAUGUGCAUAAACAUUGUACAUUUUUCUGGACUACUUCAAUUCCUUUGAACACCCUAAAAAAGCUAAAAAGAAUUCCACUGGAAAAUAAAUUGAGAUACAACUUUCUCAGUAAUGUUAUGGGGUGUCCUGCUAAGUGAGACUUGUGUUCCUGCAUACUUUGAUAAAAUGGUUUUCUGUCUACUGUAUUUCACUCUGUGGAGGGAAUUAAGUCAAUUUUGUUUACAUACACUUGUUCAUGAAGAAAUAUUCAUUACUGUUCUGUAGUCUCAGUUUCACUUGUUAAAAAUACAUUGAAAUGUAUUUUUAGCAAAUGUCAAAUUUGAGUAUUAGUCAUAUUGUUCAGUGUAUCAAUCUUAAUUUCUAGGUGUAGAGUGAUACUGAAGUGACUGGAAGACACAAAUUCUAUAAACUAUUGAAAAGUAUGUAAUAAGCGUUGCCCUGUAGAGCUGACUAAUUAAUGUCCAGAUACCAUAUUAAGUACACUGCUUCUUUUGCAUUUGAAAAUGGUAACUUUUUUUUUUCUGUUCUCAUCUAUAGUUUUGGUGUUUGUAAGUCUGAUCUCUUGGGGGCUUUUAUUCUCUUACCUAUUUUUAAUUAAACAUGUUUCCACCUUU